CUCGCUGGAGCGGCGGCCAGGGCAGGGCAGCGCCUGUAACUGGAAAGCAGCGCCGGCACCGCGCCGCCGCUCCAUUCACUGCUCGGGGCGUGAAUGCGCGCAGGGGAGAAGCGCUCGCUGAGCCGCGGGAGCCACUGCCGGGAUUAUUGUACAGAAGAGCCGGGAGUAUCUUUGCAGCCACCACGAGGAGAGUCUUUUCUCUUUUUUUUUCUUUUCCCUUUUUUUUCCCCUUUUUUUUGAAAUUUAUUUUUCCCUCUGCCGUGAGGCAGGUUUGGAAUUAAAAUGUUCUGGUAGCAGGAGUGGAGUCUGUAAAAGUGAUAGAAACCAGAUAGGAAUCAGUAUUACUGGUGCCUCCAAUAGCCGGGUCUCGUUUCUUGGAUAUUAAGUUGCAAAUCUGAGGAGAUGGCAUUUCUUGCAGUGAACCUGUUGAUUGGGAUAUUUAUUUACUUCAGCAGUGUAAAAGGAUCUUCCCAGCCUCAAGCAAGGGUGUUCCUAUCAUUCAAUGAGCUGCAAGAAACUAAGACCUCUGAGUAUCACAGGAUAUCCCACAGCCCCCUGGAUUACAGGAUAUUAUUGAUGGAUGAAGAUCAGGAUCGGAUCUACGUGGGGAGUAAAGAUCAUAUUCUGUCCCUGAAUAUUAACAAUAUAAGCCAAGACCCCCUCAGUAUUUUCUGGCCAGCAUCAGCAAACAAGGUUGAAGAGUGCAAAAUGGCUGGAAAGGAUCCUACACACGGCUGUGGGAAUUUUGUGCGGGUGAUCCAGUCCUACAACCGCACCCACCUGUACGUCUGCGGCAGCGGCGCCUUCAGCCCCGUCUGUGUCUACGUCAACAGGGGACGCAGGUCUGAGGAACAAAUCUUCAAGAUCGACUCCAAGUGUGAAUCAGGAAAGGGACGCUGUUCUUUCAACCCUAACGUGAAUACUGUGUCUGUGAUGAUCAAUGAAGAGCUUUUUUCAGGAAUGUAUAUUGAUUUCAUGGGGACAGAUGCUGCCAUUUUUCGCAGUCUGACCCGGAGGAAUGCAGUGAGGACUGACCAGCACAACUCCAAGUGGCUGAGUGAGCCUAUUUUUGUGGAUGCUCAUGUUAUCCCAGAUGGCACUGACCCCAAUGAUGCCAAAAUCUACUUCUUCUUCAAAGAAAGACUCACAGACAACAGCGGCAGCACAAAGCAAAUUCAUUCAAUGAUUGCAAGAGUAUGCCCAAAUGACACAGGAGGUCAGCGCAGUCUCGUGAACAAGUGGACAACGUUCUUGAAAGCAAGACUUGUGUGCUCAGUAAUGGAUGAAGAUGGAACAGAAACAUACUUUGAUGAAUUAGAGGAUGUGUUUCUCCUAGAGACAGACAACCCCAGAACAACACUCGUGUAUGGGAUUUUUACAACAUCGAGCUCCAUAUUUAAAGGCUCAGCCGUGUGUGUGUAUCAUCUGUCUGACAUCCAGACUGUGUUCAAUGGACCAUUUGCACACAAGGAGGGCCCAAACCACCAGCUGAUUCCAUAUCAGGGCAGAAUUCCAUACCCACGACCUGGCACCUGUCCGGGAGGAGCCUUCACACCCAACGUGCGGACAACCAAAGAGUUUCCAGACGAUGUUGUGACCUUCAUUAGGAACCACCCUUUGAUGUUUAAUCCCAUUUACCCAAUACACAAGAGGCCAUUAAUCAUCAGGAUAGGAGCUGACUACAAGUACACAAAGAUUGCUGUGGAUCGAGUGAAUGCUGCUGAUGGAAGAUACCACGUCUUGUUUCUUGGAACAGAUCAAGGAACUGUACAAAAAGUUGUUGUCCUACCCACCAACUUCUCUGCAAGUGGAGAACUCAUUUUAGAAGAGAUGGAGGUUUUUCAGAGUAAUUCUCCUAUAACAACAAUGAAGAUUUCAUCUAAAAAGCAACAGUUGUAUGUGAGCUCAGAUGAAGGGGUCACCCAGGUUUCCUUGCAUCGCUGCCACAUCUACGGGACCGCCUGUGCUGACUGCUGCCUAGCCCGAGAUCCCUACUGCGCCUGGGAUGGCAACUCCUGCUCCAGGUUUUAUCCCACAGGAAAAAGGUGAAGUUUUCCAGGGAAGAUGGUUUUUCACAUUAAAGCACACUCAGAACAAGACGUGAGACACGGAAACCCUCUGACUCAGUGCCGAGGUUUCAACCUGAAAGCAUACAGAAAUGCUGCAGAAAUAGUUCAGUAUGGAGUAAAAAACAACACCACCUUUCUGGAAUGCACACCUAAAUCUCCUCAGGCUUCUAUUAAAUGGCUGCUACAGAAAGACAAUGACAGGAGGAAAGAGGUCAAGCUGAACGAGAGGAUCAUAGCCACUGAGCACGGGCUCCUGAUCCGCUCUGUGCAGGACAGCGACCGGGGCCUUUACCACUGCAUCGCAACAGAGAACAGCUUCAAGCAGACCUUGGCAAAGAUCAAUUUCAAAGUCUUGGAUGCAGAGAUGGUGGCUGUCAUGACUGACAAGUGGUCCCCUUGGAGUUGGGCCAGCUCGGUGCGAGCGCUGCAGUUCCACCCCAAGGACUUUGUGGGGGCUUUCAGCCACUCCGAGAUGCAGAUGAUUAACCAGUACUGCAAAGACAGCAGGCAGGCAGGGCAGCACAGGGAAGAGUCCCAGAAGAUGAGAGGGGACUACAGCAAACUGAAGGCUCUUAUCAAUAGCAGAAAAAGUAGAAAUAGAAGGAAUCAAUUACCUGGAUCUUAAUUUUAUUUUAUAGUAAUAGAUAUUUUUGUCCUCAGUGUAGGGGGCUUAUAUUUGUCUAUUGAGAACAAAUUUGUGCAAAUCUGAUAAAAAAUUAAAUUAAAAUCCAGCACACCUCAUAAAAGAUCUGUCUCCCGAUAAAAUGCAGUGUAACCUAACUAAAGAAAAUAACUCAGAGCAUUUUCUUUCCUGGAUGCUUGGUGACUCUAGGCUGGGCUCUGUCCUAGAAGCAGCACUGGGUAUGCAUCUUAAACCAGAUUCAUCUUAACAACAGUAUUUAAUUACAGCUGAAUAGAAUUUUUUACAAAAUCAGUGCAUUGUCUUGCAAGUCUGGAACCGUACCAAUUAGUCUGGUGGUGAAAGAAUAUGGGUUAAGAUGCGUCCUCAGAGUAGGAUGGUACUAAGAUUUCCUUGCACUGCCUUUAAGAGCAUGAGUUUCUUCUUGUUUGCUGCUCAGUAUUGGGUUUACAGCUUUCACUCAUCGAUCAAAUCAUGUCAAUGCAUGACAGGAAGCAAGUAAAGUGUAGUAGAAAUGUUUCAUUUGCUCAGAGGUCAAAUGAAGGAACAAACAGAAGGAAAACAAAGAAUUUAUACUUUAUCAGAGUAAGCACUGAUUAUUGUGCAUAGUAUGAGUUGUAAUAAAUUAAUGAGUUCUGGAAUGUAACUUAAAAUAUCUCUGCUCAUCAUAUUGAUUUUUAUUAAAAUAGGGUGUCCUAUAACACUACAUAGCUUUAUAAGAGGCACAAAGGUAACAUGAGAAUGUUCAUUAUACAUACAAUUUUGAAAAACACCUAAGUGACUUAGGUAUUUUAGCUACUUUUCAAAGGAUUACACUCCAAUUUCUUUUCAGUGGACAGAAUGUAGAUAUACUGUAUAGUGCUUGUUCAUAAAUGAAAAAUAUAGAUUAUCUUUAUUCUGUUCCAUGAUUAGAUUGGAGCUGGUCUGCAAUGUGGAAACAAGUCAUAAGUGUCUUUAAAAAUUUUAAAACACUAUUUUUUCAACUUUUUUCUCAAAGUUGCAAAUAUUUUAACUAGAAUUUUCUAAUUAAACCAUUCCCAUUUUCCAGUCUUUGUACCCUUAUUCUUUUCCAGGUUAUUUUCCAAAUUUGCUCCUACUUUCAGUUCGCUGCUGAAAAGCAGAUCAGGAAAAGAAAAGAAAAAAAAAUGAAUGAGGGAAAAAUAAAACUGAAAAAUGGGUUUGGGUCAAAAACCAAAACCUAUAACUUGAGAGGCAUGUUCAAACAGAAAUCUUUUGUUUAAGAAGCAGCUGUCAGGUUAAUGAAGCAAGUUUUGUUGAAAAUUGUGUGAGUGUGCACAAAGCUAUGCUAGGAAAAGCAAUCACUUUUUUUUUUUUUUUUAAUCAACACAAAUGCCAAAAAGAGGGACAGAUCAUCAAUCCUUUUACUUUUAAUGUAAGAGUGUUCUGUAAGCCACUGAGUCUGUUCAAAACAGUAACAGGGAUUAAAAAUGUAUUAGUACCUUAGAAAAAUCACAAUUAUUUAUGACAUUAUACAAAAAUAUUAACUGAUGUUCAGCUCAAAACUGAGCUAUGUUGUUAAAAUCCUGCUUUUAAUAGAAUACUCUGGGAUGAACUCAACAGGGCAUGGGGAAACACUUCUGGGUUUGUGUGAAUUCAGUCUAGUGCAAUGGAGGUAACACUGGUAUUUACCUGCCUUUAGUUGGAUUGUCACUUUAUCACCACCUCAUGAAGGAUAGCUGGGAAAUGAGCCCUAAUCACACCCUUUAAACAGUUUCUAAGUCCCUUUGAUGCUGGCAGGAGCUCUUUGAACUUGAGUGGUUACUGCUUGCAUGGCAGGGCCAGCCUGCUCUUAUUUUGCCAUCUAGUUAAGUGAUCUCCUCACUCACUCAGGGCCUAAAUGUGUAUUUCUGCAAUAUUUAGCCAUUGAUAACUAAGGUCCUUCUUAUGGAAACUGACCUCCAUGAGAUGGAAUUUGGCUCCAAGAGCUGGCAAAGUAGAUUCUGGAGGAAUCUGGGGGUUUUUAUUUUUUAUUUUUUUUCCCCUGAAUAUGACUGACUUCUGAAGUGUGUAAGUGACAAACCAAAAGUUGAGUGGCAUGGAACAGAACUACCUCCUGGGAUGACAGUAGUGCAUAUUCUCUCUAUGCUGCCAUGCUUUCCCUGUCUCUCCAGCAGAUUCACUGUGGAGUUAGUGUGAUACUAAUGUCUGUUGUGAGCAUCAGAAUUGCUUCCAGAUGGAAUACAGUGAUUAAUAGGUAUUUAAGGGUACAAAUUGCUCUGUAAGUGGUUAGGUACAGUGAUAUUUUAAUAGGCCCCCAUUAGGCCUCAGAAAUUACAGUUACACUUUUCCAAUAGAAUAUUGGCAAUAAGGGAUUCCAUUAAAAAAAUCAGCAUAGCUCAGAGUUUCGUAUGAUUAUAAAAUAAUAUUUUUAAAGCUGCUUCAUAUACCAUUAUUAUGGUAUGACUGUUUAAGGGAUUAUACUUAAACUAACAUUUUUCCUGCUGCAUGAGAACUCCAGUAUAUGAAUACAAUAAGCUUCUGUCAGUGCAUAACUGGUCCAAGCCUCCAUGCUUUAGAAGCCUUCCUGCAUGUAUAGAGAAGUCAGGAGCCAGAUGCUCAGCUGGUGUAAACUGAAGUUACUAAUGUAACUUCCUUACUGUCCUUAUAGCUACUGGGGUUGACACCAGCUGGGUGUUUGGCCUUAAAUGUACAGAAAAGACAAACUGCAAUUUUUGUUUAAAAUAGCCCCUCUACUGUAGGUAACACCAAAACUUAAGACUAUAAUAUUAUUUGUGCUAUUUAAUACUUCCUAUUUUAAGGAUUUCUAAAUAAUGUAUAUAAUUUUAUUCCUUAAAAAAAUGCAAAAGUAAAAUGACUUCUAGGCAUAACUUCACCAAAUGUAAAGAUGUGUUCUCUGCCAAGAACUUCACUAUGUAUUGUUAUUUUUUUUUUCCUUUUUAUUUUGUGUAGUUUGUAAAGUUUGCUGAAUUCUUGACCUAACAAUGUGUUCUUUGCAAUUGUUGUUACUGUAGAUAUGUGUGUUUUAUUAAGAGAAUCUUGGUUUUAAAAGUGUAGUUAUGUGUAUAAGUUCCUAGCAUGAUGAAACUGUCACGACAGUGAAUAUGCAUCAUAUAGCGUGUAAGAAAGAACAAAAUGUAGUUUAACAUAGUGCUAUUUAAUUGAAUAUCUAAAAUGCCCAACAAAAUAAAGUGUGUUGCAACAUCUUAAAAA